GCCCGCGUUUGAGCCGCCGGGCGCGAUGUCGCUGGCGCAGCAGCUGCGGCGCUGGGCGGCCGAGGAGAUGAAGCUGCCGCCCGACAAGAUCCCAUCCGAGAGCGCCGCCCGGCGGAUGUGCUCAGGUCAGUGUGCUGAGAUCUGGAAAUAUGUCAUCCGACAUGUUCACCAUCAGAGGAAUGUAAAGAAAAUUCGUGGAAAUCUACUAUGGUAUCGACAAAUGGAGGAGGCUGAGGGCAAGCUCACUGGGUCAGAGUCACAGAAGGAGCGCCGCAAGCAGCUUGUUAGUGACAUCGCCCGCCUGCAGGGAGAACUGAAGCAGAUUGACCUGCAGAUUGAGUCGGCGGAGCGGGAGCUUGUGGCUGACGAGGUAAUUCUGGAGACGACCCAGGAGGAGAUCUGGGAUGCCAAGCGUCGCACCUUGCUGCUCAAGGCUUACGCAGCCCAGGUUGCAGCAGAGCGCCAGCAGUUGCAUGCGAGAGCCGCACACUUCCAGGGCCGUCUGGAGCAGCUGGAGGAGCUGGAAAGGAAGGCCAAGACUUCAGUGGUGUUUGGUGGGAAGGCCCCGGAGCCCGGAUUUCCCAGUCUGGAGCCCAAAGUUCUGCGAGAUGUCCAGGAAGCCUGCCAGCUCCGCUUCCAUUUCUUGAAGACCCUCUUUGAGCGCAGUGUGUCUGGGAGUUUUCCCAGUGGGAUGAGCGAGGACCAGCUGGACACGUCCCACCAGCAGUGGCUGGGCUUCGUGGAGAAGGUCGUUGGCUCCCACCCGCCGGCCCAUAUCCUUUCGGCCCUGGAGGACCUGGCUCUCCAGAGCACUCAGCACCUGCAGGAGCUGACCGAAAGCCUUGACAUCCCCCGCGAUGUGGAAGCCCUGAAGUUCUGCUACGACAAAGCCCACCUCGAGGACGUCUCAGACCUGGCGGGUGACUUGCCCUCUGUUGGGGGCCUCAUCCAGGAGGGCUGGAGCAAGUGUGAGAUGCUCUGUGUGCAGCAGAUCUCACUGCAUGCCCAGGAGAGGUCUCUUUCGGCCCAGCUGGAUGCCCUUGUCCAGAAGAUGCACCGUCUGCUGUCCGAUGGCUCUGAGCGCUCCAUCCUGGCCAGAGCUGUCUUUGACCUGGAACUCCGGGUGGUGCGAUUACGGGGAUACCGGGAUGGGUUACUGCAGGGCUGCCACCAGCUGAAAGAGGUGGUGACGACCAGGCAUGCCGAACUGCAGGGCUUGCAGGCUAAACGGCAGCGUAUCCUAGACUUCCGCCACCUGGUGAAGGAGAAACAGGAAAACAUCCGAGUGCUCAUCAAGGGCACUUCAUUUAUUAAGUCCCAACUUCGCAAGGACCAGGCUGAGAUCCAGGACUUCAUCAAGAAGAAAUUGCUGCCACAGGCACAACAGCUGGAGUUGGAGACACAGCAGCUGCGUGACCAUGUGGACCGCACAGUCCAGCAGUUCGGGGCUGUCGCCCUGCCUUGUCUGCUGCGCCGAGAGCUCUCUGGGCCUCGGUGUGUCCCUGCCCACGAGCUCUCUAUCCACCGCCUGAGCCGCACAGCUCCAGCUGAGUACCGGGCCUUCCUGAAUGUGUGCAAUGGCGCUGCCUUCCCCCUUUACAAGGCCCCCGAGGAGCUGCUCCCCCACAUGGCAGAGCUGAAGAAGAUGCUUCCUUUCCUCCGCGCUCGCCUGGCUUCAAAACAGAGGGCUCUGGGGAACCUACAACACCAGCUGGAGAAAGCUCCUGAGCCUGACGUGCCAGCCCUUGUGUGCAGGGUGCAGGCGCACGAUCGGGAGCAGGCCCGCGAGCUGCUGCCCCGCAUCCAGCAGGUGACGGAGCAGUGCCGGUGGCGCAUGGAGCAUUGGCAGGAGGUGCAAGCUGUCAUAGAUGCCUGGUGGGAACAACCGGGACAGUUCGUGCUCCCUGGAGAGCGCCGCCUGGGCUUCACAUUGCAGCAGUGGCUGGAGCGCUGGACCCUGGCCACCAGGGCCCUGCAGCAGCAGCAGCAGCAGCAGCACAGCUGGGCCUGAGGCUCGCGGGGUUCGCGCCCAGGUAGAGCUGGGAGGCCCUUGCUGAAGGAGUGUGGCUCGCAGCUCCUACGCCGGCCACAGACCUCGUUCUGCCAGGUUGCCCAGGGGGCAGAAUGGCGACUGUACUGCAGGGAGGUGCUUUGGUCCCAUGCGUGCCCCCACCCAGACCUGUUGCGGGGAGCAAGACGUAGUGUUGCAAGUAGAACUGACCAGCCUUCAUUGGCAGGAGUGUGCCUUCAUAUUUUAUUUACUAAUUCUUUGAAAUAAAUCCGAAUCAAGUUU